CAUUCAUAAAAUAAAAAAAGAGAAAAACAAGAAAGAAGAGUUCUUAGGAUAGACACACAGAGAUAGGAGAGGAGAAAGAGCGAGAAGCUGAAUGGACAGCAUGAUGCGCGGAUAGAAGAGAGGAGGGGGAAUCCAUCACAGGACCUGCGCGCUUUCUUCUGCUCCUAAAGGAGAGCAGAUAAACACCAGAGAACCCCCUUUAUUUACACAAACCUGCAUCGAGCUGCGAUGGAAGAGCUGUGCGAGAUGGAUUGCACGGUGCUGAAGCGGCUCCUGAAGGACGACGGCGGCCGCUUCCUGCUGCUGGACUGCCGCUCCUUCCUCGCCUUCAGCGCCGGACACAUCCGAGGCGCAGUGAACGCGCGCUGCAACACCAUCGUCCGCAGGAGGGCGAAGGGCUCCGCGCUGAGUCUGGAGCAGGUCCUGGCCGGGGAUGAGGAGGUGCGGGGCCGCCUGCGCUCCGGGAUGUACUCCGCUGUGGUGCUUUACGACGAGCGGACGCCGGACUCGGAGUCUGUGAAGGAAGACAGCACGGUGACCCUGGUGCUGAACGCGCUGCUCAGGGACUCCCAGGGAACACUAGUUUAUCUGCUCAAAGGAGGAUACGACAGAUUUUUCACAGAGUAUCCAGAGUACUGCUUAAAAAACAAAUCCUUGCCGUCCCUCAACAGUCAGUCCAGCAUCGAUUCCUGCUCAUCGUGUGGGACUCCACACAAUGAUCAGGGCGGCCCCGUCGAGAUCCUUCCGUUCCUCUACCUCGGCAGUGCCCUUCACGCCUCCAAGAAGGAGGUCCUGGACAGCAUCGGGAUCUCCGCCUUGUUAAACGUGUCAGCUGACUGUCCCAACCACUUCGAGGGGACUUACCAGUACAAAUGCAUCCCUGUGGAGGACAACCACAAAGAAGACAUCAGCUGCUGGUUCCUGGAGGCCAUAGAGUUCAUAGAUUCAGUACGGGACUCAAGUGGACGAGUUCUGGUCCACUGUCAGGCAGGCAUCUCCCGCUCUGCCACCAUCUGCCUGGCGUACCUGAUGAAGAGGAAGAGGGUGCGUCUGGACGAAGCAUUCGAGUUUGUGCGGCGCCGCCGCAGCAUCAUCUCGCCUAACUUCAGCUUCAUGGGCCAGCUGCUGCAGUUCGAAUCCCAGGUCCUCGCCACCUCCUGCGCCGCCGAAGCUGCGGCCACAGCCAGUCCGCUGCUCGGACCCAAAUCCACAGUGGCCACAAGUUCCACGGCCGCCACUCCCACGUCCCCGUUCAUCUUUAACUUCCCUGUGUCUGUGGUGAACCCGGCCUACCUGCACCACGGCCCCAUCACGACCUCCCCCGGCUGCUAAUGGACAGCCUUACCCUGACUCGAAGCGAGAGCUCCAGACCUCUGCAGUAUGUCCUUACUUCCACAACAUGGAGUCGAGAAGCGUCACGGUGCCUGAGAAGGACUCUUUUUGAACUUCACAAACCAGCCGACGCUCCGUCAGUUUUCACAAGAGAUUUAUUCCUGUCGACCAAAAAUGAAAUGUCUUUUCUAGAAUCGUUUCAUGUUCACAUGGAGUGUUGGGCUGACGUUCACUCACUUUUCUUCCAACGUGCACAGAGACACACUUCCACACACAGAAACAUAACACGGUGAGGCCUGAGCAGCGGCGAAGCUAUCUUCCCCUCUCUCCCACGCACACGUUCAUGCCUGUUGACUGAAUAAGCUCAGUAUGAAGAUAGCUUGUUUCUAUGGAGACGAGGUCUUUAGGAGAGGAGAUGGACACAGGAAGGAAGGGGGGAAUUUUAAGCGCUCCCUCUUUCCUCCUCGGGUGUCCCUCCUGUCGCCGGACAAAGUAGAUGGAUGGAGAAGAAAGGAGGGAGAAAAAAAAAGAGGGUGACAGAAAGCAGGAGCCUCUUCAGUGACAGGUGUUCUGCCGGGGAUCCGACCGGAGCUUCCUGCCCUUCACACGUCCUCUUCCUCUCCUCUCAUCUCCCUUUUCAUCCCUUUAUGCUUCCUCCCUCCUCCUCAUCCUCUCAUCUCUGGCUCUCAUCUUAGACCCCCCCCCAUCCCCAUUCCCGGUUUUCUUCUCUGCUCUUCGUUUUCUCACUGAGGUUAAAAAUAAAUAAAACAAGAUGCCAAAUAAAAAAGGCUGGGGCCCCUCGAAAAUGGACCGGGAAACCCCCUGACACCACAGAAAAGCCCUUUUUAAUCCUAUAUGAAUAUUUUUAGGCAAAAGGGCUCAAAGUUGUGGAAAAAAUGGUUUUCUAAAGGUUAUAAUAAAAAGAAUUUGGGGGUAUUUCCUUUUUUUUAUUUGAUCAAACUCCCUGAAAUAGCCUGUUAUAGAACCAUAAUUUUUUAAAUACAUUACAGAAUAUAUUCUAAACAACUGAUACAGAACACAGUGGCUCCUGUUUGGUGCCUUGAAAUUUUCCUUUUUGGUUAACUAGCAAAAAUAAGCAUUGGUGUCAGCGGAUGGUCCUUUAAGAUGCUUGUGCCUUGUUCGUUGAGGUAUCCCCAGCAAAUGCUUGGGCUUUUCUUUUCUCUUUUUUUGUGUUACGAUAACAGGACAGAAGAAUGCAAAAUGUUUGGCAGACCUCUAGAGGUGCCUAAUAGGCAUGGGCUGGUAUGAGAUUCUCAUAUAGUCAAAAAUGCAGCCAUCUAAAAAAAAACUUAAUUUAAAGCAGGAUACUUAAAUCUAAACACAAAUCUACAAUAAACACUUAAUAAAUUGAAUUUUUAGUUUUCUAGUGUCUACUGUGGAGAAUAUUAGAAUAUUUUGACAUUUUAUUAAGAUAUGGACAAUAAAGUAAAUUGUGCCAAAGUCUUCAAUAUUAGAAUUUGUAAGAUACAGGUGGAGAUAAAAUACAGGAUUUAAAGUUUUGACUUUUGAUAUUUAUAAAAUUAGUAACUGGUCAGCAUAUUGCUUUUGAUUAAGAUCAUCAUUUUUUGAAUGGAGGUAUGAUUUUAACAUCUGUUUAAAUGACAGUUUAUCGUGGUUUUUAUUUCAAACAUAAGUGUAAGCUUUUGAUUCACCAUACUGAAAAUACUUCUGUAUAGGGAUGAGUUAGGUAAUUUUGCAAAUGAGGGUCUAGUGAAAAAGCCUUUGAUUAUGGCAGCAUAUAGGAUCUGUAACCGGCCCAUGCCCAUUCCACCAUCGACAUUAAUUCAAUUACCUAUUUAUUUAUUGAUUUUAUUCUUGUAUUGAUACACCCAAACAAGAGCCCUUUGAUAUUUAUUAAAAAAAUAACACAAUUGGGAAUCAGCCAUUGCAUUUCAAAACCAGUCAAGCACAAAAAAGUCAUUACAUCACGAUUCGCGAGCUCUCCUGCAUUGCUAAAGUAUCAGGCGAAGAUGAACACUGUGUUAGACCAACAAAGGCAAAAAAAUAAUCAUUUUUAUACCAGACUUGAAGCUAACACGAACAAGCAUAGACUCACAAACAUGUUUAGGUUUUUAAACUUUCUUUUUUUUUUGUAUUUUAUUUUUAUUUUUUUUUUAAGAUUGCCGGCACCUCUCUCUCUGUGUAGCACUUUGAAGUGAUGCAAUACUGUAUUUGUAAUUUAUUGGUUGAUUUGCACAUUGUUGGUCAUGCAGGACUGACUCGAUCUUUGUAUUGAGGAGAGGGCAAAAGGGGGGGCCGUUGAGUGAAAAAUGCAAUACUUUGUACAGAUGUGUGUGGUUUGUAUCUGUACAUCUCAGUAUGCCUCUCUGUGUGCAGACCCAUCUGUAUCUCUCCCUCCUACUGUCUCUGGUCCACCAUGGCAAUAUCAACCUUCCAAAUGGAAAAAAAAUGUCCCUCAGUUUCUUUGUGGAAUGAAUGACCUGUGCAUUUAUUUAUUACUGGAGAUAUACUGUUGAAU